GCUCCCCCGCUGCCUUCAGCUGCCUUCUCUGCCGCCGCCGCCGCUCGGUUCCCUGACGGCACGGCAUGGCGGCGAGCACAGGCAGCAGCGGCGGUGGGACGGCGGCGGCAGCGGGGGAGCCGGCACACGCGGUGUCGCUGCUGCGGGGACUGAGCGCGCUGCGGGCGGAGCGGAGCCUGCUGGACGUGACGGUGGUGGCGGGCGGGCGGGAGUUUGGGGCGCACCGCGCGGUCCUGGCCGCCGCCUCCGGCUACUUCCGCGCCAUGUUCGGCGGGGCGCUGCGGGAGGCGCGGGCCGAGCGGGUGCGGCUGCACGGCGUGGAGCCCGAGUGCCUGGCGCGCCUCCUCGACUUCGCCUACACCGGCCGGGUGGGCGGGCUGGGCCCCGACAUCGCCGAGCGCCUGCUGCGCGCCGCCGACCUGCUGCAGUUCCCCGCCGUCAAGGAGGCCUGCGGCGCCUGGCUGGCGCGCCAGCUGGAGCCCGCCAACGCCCUGGACAUGCAGGACUUCGCCGAGGCCUUCGCCUGCCCGGCGCUGGCGGCCGCCGCCCACCGCUUCGUCCUGCGGCACGUGGGCGAGCUGGGCGCCCAGCUGGAGCGGCUGCCGCUGCCGCGCCUCCUCUCCUACCUGCGGGACGACGGGCUCUGCGUCCCCAAGGAGGAGGCCGCCUUCCAGCUGGCGCUGCGCUGGGUGCGCGCCGACCCCGCCGCCCGCGCCCCGCUGCUGCCCCAGCUCCUGGCCCACGUCCGCCUGCCCUUCGUGCGCCGCUUCUACCUGCUGGCCCACGUGGAGGGCGAGCCGCUGGUGGCCCGCUGCCCGCCCUGCCUGCGCCUCCUGCGCGAGGCCCGCGACUUCCAGGCCGCCCGCCUCGACCGCCACGACCGGGGGCCCUGCGCCCGCAUGCGCCCCCGGCCCUCCACCGGCCUGGCCGAGAUCCUCGUCCUCGUCGGGGGCUGCGACCGCGACUGCGACGAGCUCGUCACCGUCGACUGCUACAACCCGCGCACCGGCCACUGGCGCUACCUGGCCGAGUUCCCCGAGCACCUGGGUGGGGGCUACAGCGUCGCCGCGCUGGGCAACGACAUCUACGUCACCGGGGGAUCGGACGGGUCGAGGCUGUACGACUGCGUCUGGAGGUACAAUUCCAGCGUGAACGAGUGGACGGAGGUGUCUCCCAUGCUGAAAGCCAGAGAAUACCACAGCUCCACGGUCCUGGACGGGCUGCUGUACGUGAUCGCCUCCGACAGCACGGAGCGCUACGACCACUCGGUGGACAGCUGGGAGGCUCUGCAGCCCAUGCUGUACCCCAUGGACAACUGCUCCACCACCUCGUGCCGCGGCAAGCUGUUCGCCAUAGGCUCCCUGGCUGGCAAAGAGUCCAUGGUUAUGCAGUGCUACGAUCCCGACAGCGACCUCUGGUCCCUCGUGAACUGCGGCCACCUCCCUCCCUGGUCCUUCGCCCCAAAGACCGUCACGCUCAACGGCCUCAUGUACUUCAUAAGAGACGACUCGGCUGAAGUGGAUGUUUACAAUCCAGCGAAGAACGAAUGGGAUAAAAUCCCUGCCAUGCUUCAGGUUCACGUUGGGGGGAGCGUGGCCGUGCUCGGCGGGAAGCUCUACGUCUCCGGUGGCUACGAUAACACCUUUGAACUCUCGGACGUCCUGGAAGCCUACGACCCCGAGACGCGAACGUGGAGCGUGGUGGGCCGACUCCCCGAGCCCAUCUUCUGGCACGGCAGCGUCAGCAUAUUCCGGCAGUUCAUGCCGGAAACCACGCAGGAGGACGACGGCAUCACGCUGGACAACACCAUCAACUUGAACAGGCAGCGCCAAAACCUUCACAACCAGAACCUUAACGAGCUUCGUUAGCAGGGGAAGGCGCCGUGCCCCUGGCUCGAUGCGAGUUCCUUAUCCAGAACCAGUGUUGCUUUGAGAGAAGGCAGAGGCAAACCGGUGCUUGGAAACAAAAACGUACUGAUCGUAGAGGGAGUGAAAGCUCUGCAUGUUUGACGUGCUGUUGCGGACCCGCCGCCGGCAGACAGCGAGGCCUCCGCUGCGGCGUCCCUCGGCCCUUCUCGGGGGUGGGAGAAGGCGCCGCGCCGCCCGCAGAGGAGACCCGCGAGGUGAACUCUGAGGAAAGCGAGCGCGUUGAACGUCACCGCAGCGUGGCAGCUUACGGCUUUCGGUCAGACGCCUUUCACUGGGAGCUCCUUCACCCCGUAACGCUUCGUUUGCCACCAAACUCCUUUCUUCGGUUUCUUUUUCGGGAGGGGUCUUGUCUGGUAGGAGGGUGGCCUGGACCCCCACCUCUGUUCUGUGCCUCGGAGGAAGACAGCCCUGCUGUGCACGUCUUCCUCUGCGUGGCUGGAGGGGGGAAAGGCCUUCCCACAAGAGCUGGAGGUCUGUUGGGGGCGAGAGGUUAAUAGGAGAACGUGGCCCUUCCCGCCCUGUCGCUGUGGUCCUCGGUUGCCCCUCACGCAGGAACAGACGUCCUGCAGCAGGGAUCUUGCCAAGGCCGGGUUGUGAAGCUUCACCUUUCCCUUUGUCUGAACUCCGGUUCUUCCUGUAUUUUGGCGGGGUUUUUUAAGUUGCAGCAUUUAAACUUCUGCAGGCAUUUGUUUUCCAAGCCUUCUGAGCAGAGCACUUUUUCCUUCUGAGAAGAAACGCCCUUAUUUAUCUUUUAAUCGCGUUCUCACAGCCAGAUUGUUUUCGUUUCUGAUCGUCCCGGCUGCGCCCUCUUUUAAGGGAAGGGGAGAAGCGAGUGCCCCUCUUGGCUGGCCCGAGGAGCGACUCCUGGGGCUGGCCGCUGCUGCCCUCGGCGAGGACCUGUUCCCCCUGCCCGGUGUGACAGGGCUUGCCCGUAGCGGGGCUGAACUAGGCAGAAAAAGCUGCUGCUUGCGGCGAGGGCCGUUGGCUGUCGGUUCUCCUGUGCCGAGCCCUCGGCCGGCGCGCUGGGUUGGGCAGACAGGCCCUGGGCAGCGAGGGCAAGUUUUUAUUUCUUCACCAUUUUAAAGGAGCUAAGUUGGUGGUGUGCUGUUUUAGGGGAAGAAAAAAAAAAAAGCCCAACUUAGCGGGAAAGAUGAGUGCCGCGUCCUCAGGAGAUGCACCGCAGGCUCGCGGAGUUGCUGGCGGCGCUUGGCUACCUUGAUGCAGAAUUGCUUUCAAAUGCGUCACCUCGUGUGAAGGAACCCGCCGGACCUUCGGAGAGCUCUCGUGCCUCUCGCACCUCCCGUUUGCAGGAGCUCUCGGGAUUUGGGCAAUUGGAAAAUGCCGCUGAGGUGUUUUGGCGAGGGUGUAGGAGUUAGCCAGAGUGUUGCGGAUUGAAAGGUAGUAAUUUUAGUGGGUUUUUUCUUUUUUUUUGUUUGGGGUUUGCUGGUUUUUUUGGCCUGAGUAAGAUUUGCCUUUAUACUCGCCCAAGUGACCUAGCUAGCUUGGGCUCUGUUUCCUCUGUCUACCUUAGCUGAGGAGAAGCUGCGUGCAGUUUACUCGCAGAAUGUUUCUGGAACAGGCAAACAGCUCAACCUGUGGCACGGCUCGCCCAAAAACCAGCGUCGCACCUUCGGGGAAACCUGCAAGGCAUGACAGCGGCUGGGUGCGUUCGCUUCUUCCAUCUGUCGUUUUUAACCAAUAGGAAAAAAAUUUGCAUUUAAACUUAAUUCAGAGAUGGAAAGCCCGUCUACUUGAUUGCUCGCCUUCUGGCUUGCCCUUGGAUUGAGUAGCGUCAGAGCCCCGUCUCCGCAACGUUAGCGUCUUCACAGCUUUAAAAAAAUCAGGUUUGCCUUGAAUGCCGUCGUAUGCCACGCUCCUCAGCUGCGGGACUUGGGAAAGCCGUUCCUGAAAUCGGGGCUGUUCCCCAAGCCUGAAACUUUUGACAGUGCCUUGAAACCGCCGCGCGCCGGCGGAGGAUCGCGGAGGGGCCUUGCCCGGCCGCGGCAGCCUCUCGCUUUAAAACCCUCCCCGGCGCUGCCGCCGGCUGGGCUGCGGGGCGGGACGCGCGGGGUCCCGCCAUUCGGGGCGGCUCCUUCGUUUCUGGGAGUAACGGCCGCGUCCCGCCGCGCUGACCCGCGAGGCCGAAGCAGCCCGUCCCCGCGGCGCCGUGUCGCGCCCGGGGAGAGACGGCGUGUGCCGCGCAGCUGAACUCGCGUUGCAGACCGAAGUAUUUAUGCCGAACUAUAAAUAGCACGCACAGCCUGUCUCAUGCGGUAGUGCUCGCUGCUGGACCUGCCACCCCCAAGUUCCCCGAGCGGCUGAACAGUUACGGAGCUGUAUUUAUUUUUUGUAAAAUUCAUUGUGUCCGAAUCUUUUGAGUACAGUUUAAAUACCAUCCUUUGAAACAAAGGCAUUUUACAUUUACAGAUAACGUAUUUUUAUUCUCGUAGUUUGUUUCUGAAUUUACUUGCAGCAGUCAAGUUAAAUAAAACAUGUUA